AUGGUGAUUAGCGCCGCUUCCGACGCAGUCAAGUGCAGAAUGUUUCCAGCAACUUUCAAAGGAACAGCAAUGGCGUGGUUCACAACUCUUCCGCGAGGAUCCAUCACCAACUUCCGAGAUUUUUCGUCCAAAUUCCUCGUCUGGUUCUCAACGAGCAAGACUAAGCAAGUGACGAUCGAGGACUUGUACGACGUGCGACAAUCUGCAGGGGAAACUCUGAAACAAUACGUGAAACGAUUCAGUGCUACGUCGGUAAAGAUUGAGGAAUCGGAGCCGAAUGCCUGUGCCCGGGCCUUCAAAAAUGGUCUACAACCUGGAAAGCUAAACAACAAACUGAGUUGUAAGCCGGCCAAAUCGAUGGCAGAGGUACGCGCGCGGGCGAACACGUACAUCCUUGAUGAGGAGGAUGGCGCUUUCAAGCGACGAAGGGCGAAGGUGGAAAAGGAUGGUGAUCAGGGGGACGCGUCGCCAGAGGAUAAAGCAAGCAAUGACAAGGUUGAAGGGAGUAAGAGGCGAGACAGGAAAGUCCGGGCAGCGGAGAAGACAACGAGAGACCCUUUGUAUCCUAGGAGGGACAAUGCUGAGCGUCGCCGACCCUGGAACCAGGCUGACUCUCGCCGGCGUGGAGAGUCGGGAAAGAGUCUGAGUGAUCAUCUAACAGAGUUGCUCCGUGAGGUCAAGGCGACCCAUGCCGUUGAAGAGGGCGAAAGGGAAGCAUACCAGCCGCGACCAAAAUCAGAUGAGACUAAGUGGUGUGAGUAUCGUCGGCCAGCAGGACAUGAUACAUGGGAUUGUUUUACUUUAAAGAAUGAGAUAGAAAAGCUCAUCAGAGCAGGGCGAGCGCAGCUAAAUGACCGCAAUGAGCGUUGGAAUGGCGAGCGACAACAGGUAAAUAGGUAUAGGAACUCUCGCCAGCAGGAUGAUCACCGACGGGAGGAUCGCCGCCGCACGCCGAGUGCAGAAAAAAGGAAACACUGGCUACCAAGAAAAAGAACGCAGAAGAAACAUUUAAUAAAGAUCUCGACCCACCGGUGGGCACAAUUAAUACAAUUGCAGGUGGUUUCGGCGGAGGAGGAGAUACAACAUCAGCGAGAAGAAGACAUGUCAGGGCAGUAA